UACUCGGUUCACAGACUGGUUCAGUCGUUUCCAGCGGCGUCUGUCUGACCUGUCAAAGUAGAUUCAUUCAGGAGCGUCCUAAACUGACAAGAGGGUCAAAUGAAACUGUAUAUCGCCGACGGAAACCCGCACUGUAUUAAAGUGCUGGCGGCGCUGGAACUCACUGGAGGGAAAUGUGACACAGAAGUGGUCAGCCACGAGGAGAAAGUGGUCCCUCACUUCACUCACCCUGUGUCACCCGCUCUGCUGUUACCCGACGGCCAGCAUCUCUUCAGCCCCAACAGCAUCUGCCAAUACCUGUUCGACAUCAGCGGUCAAAAGGCGACUGACGCAACUAACCAGUGGCUAGAAUGGGAAGCAACCAAUUUACAGCCGGCAGUGCUGCAGUCUCUCCACAUGGUGGCGCUGCAGGGGAAACAUGUCGAAGCGGCCGCUGUGAUGAAGGAGCCACUGAACUGGCUGGAACAGAGUCUGAGCAAGAAUAACACACCGUUCCUUACUGCAGAGGCCGUGUCAGUUGCAGAUGUCGUCCUGUGGGCGGCGCUGUAUCCUCUCCUGUCUGACUCUGGCUUUGAUGCCGGUGAGCUGCGGUCUGUGCGCGGCUGGUUCCAGCGGGUCGGUGGUCUCGAGGCGUGUCAGACGGCCGCUCGCAGGGUCCUGCAGGGAAAAGGUGUUGAAGCCCUGAAGACUUUCCUCCAGAAACAUCCGGCUACACAAACACCGCGCCGGGACAGUCCCACCAACGCCACUGAGGCUGAAGACGGCGAGCAUGUUAUGACAGUGGAAGAGAUUGAAGAGGCUGCUCAGAUCUGGUCUGAAGGACUCAAAGCCUCUCCUGCAGUCACAGAGAGGAAACACCCAGUUCUCCCUCAGGAAGGAAAGAGAAACGUGCUGCUCACCAGCGCUCUGCCGUACGUCAACAACGUGCCGCACCUGGGAAACAUCAUCGGCUGUGUGCUCAGCGCCGACGUGUUCGCCAGAUACGGUCGUUUGCGCGGCUGGAAUCUGCUGUACAUCUGCGGUACGGAUGAGUACGGGACGGCGACGGAGAACAAGGCUCGUGAGGAGGGUUUGAUGCCGCAGGAGAUCUGCGACAAAUAUCACGCCGUCCACGCCGACAUCUACCAGUGGUUCCAGAUCGACUUCGAUUUCUUCGGUCGCACCACCACUGAACGGCAGACUGAGAUCGCUCAGGACAUCUUCUGGCGUCUGCAUGAGCGGGGUUUUCUGCUGGAGGACACGGUCGAGCAGCUACGCUGUGAAAGCUGUCAGCGCUUUCUGGCUGAUCGCUUCGUGGAGGGCGAGUGCCCUCACUGCCGUUACCCAGAAGCCCGCGGGGACCAGUGUGACAAAUGCGGCCGUCUGAUCAACGCUGUGGAGCUCAGGAAUCCGCAGUGUAAGGUGUGCAAGGAGACGCCGGUGAUCCGCUCCUCUAAACACCUGUUUCUGAACCUGCCGAAGCUGGAGGACGAGCUGGAGCAGUGGCUCGAUAAAUCGACAGGCUCCGGCGACUGGACGGCAAACGCGCGGCACAUCACGCACUCAUGGCUCCGCGACGGCCUUAAACCGCGCUGCAUCACGCGUGACCUGCGGUGGGGAACACCUGUGCCACACGAGGAAUACAAGGAGAAGGUGUUCUAUGUGUGGUUCGACGCUCCUAUUGGCUACCUCUCCAUCACUGCAAACUACACCGACCAAUGGGAGAAGUGGUGGAAGAAUCCUCAGCAGGUGGAGCUCUAUAACUUCAUGGCGAAGGACAACGUUCCCUUCCACAGUGUAGUGUUCCCUUGUUCACUUCUCGGAGCUCAAGACAACUACACACUGGUGAAUCACCUCAUCGCUACCGAAUACUUGAAUUAUGAGGACACGAAGUUCUCCAAGAGUCGAGGCGUCGGUGUGUUCGGUGACAUGGCUAAAGACACCGGGAUCCCGUCAGACGUCUGGCAUUUCAAUCAGUUUGCCACGUUUAGUUCUCAUCAGAGCUGCUGCUGGUCUCUCCUCAGGGCCGGGAUGUUCGUCAGUAAGUUCUUCGACGGCUGCGUUCCUGAGAUGCUCCUGAAUGAAGAUGACAAGCGGCUCAUCGCUGAGGUCCACUGGGAGCUCAAGCAGUACAUCCAGCUGCUGGAUAAAGUCAGGAUCCGUGAUGCUCUGAAGUGCAUCCUGAAUAUCUCUCGUCACGGGAAUCAGUACAUCCAGGUUAACGAGCCCUGGAAGAAGAUCAAAGGAGGAGACGGUGACAGGCAACGGGCCGGGACAGUGACAGGCGUGUCGGUGAACGUGGCGUGUCUCCUGUCGGUCGUGCUGGAGCCGUACAUGCCGUCUGUCAGUCGCACCAUCCGCCAGCAGCUGCAGGCUCCGCCCACCUGCGUCAGCGCAAUGCUGCAGAACACGGGAACCUUCAUCUGCACUCUGCCCGCCGGACACUGCAUCGGCACGGUCAGUCCUUUGUUCCAAAAGCUGGAGAACGAACAGAUCGAGGUUCUGAGGAAGAGAUUUGGAGGACAACAGCCAGAAGAGGAGAGCGCUAAAGUGAAGACUCGAGUCGAGACCAAACCCAGCGCUGGUGCGGCGCAGAACGCCUCCGUGAAUGUAAACGCAGAUCCAGAGAGAGCCAAACAGCUGACGGCUUUAGUGGCAGAACAAGGCAAUAAAGUACGAGGCCUAAAAGCUCAGAAAGCUGAGCAGUCUGUUAUUGACGAGGCAGUCGAGGCAUUACUGGACCUGAAAAAACAACUUUCUCUAGCGGAGGGCAAGAACCCGGAGCCGGCCGCUCAGAAACGAAAGAAGAAAUAAAAAGGUGAUCAUGAGGAGAAAAAAUCAAAAAUCCAUCAUACAGGAAUAUUUUCAGGGCUUACUGCACUAUUCAUCCACUCCCAUAAAAAUACAAACUAUCCUUUUUAAAACGCAAUGAAGUCUGUUAAAUGAUCUUUUUAAAAUGCAAUAAAAUCAAUGUGUUUCUCACUGUUUCUUGUUACUCCGAAACAACCAUAUUUUAUUCACACAAUCAAUA